AGUUGAGAAGCUAUUGAAUUGCAUAAAGAAAAUUUUAUUAAAGAUUAAAUUGCAAGUUCGUAUUGUAAUUGGAUUCUAGAAAGGAGGUUUGUUGGUCAAGGAAAGUGGGUGGAGGACGUGGAAAUCUAUUAUUGGUUUGGUUGAUCCUCCGGUCUUUUCAAUGAUUGUUAAUUUUCGUUCAAUUACGUAUCAAAAAAAAAAAAAGAGUUUGGACUUUUGGGUUUGGCCCGUAAAGGCGGCAGCAGAGAACAGGUCUCUCUCCGUUUGUCUCCAUCAUCAAUUAAUAUUAUAUACUCCAUCCAGAACAAGGAAACCAAAAACCAAAGAAGCUGCCUAUAGUUUAUUGUCUUCUACAAUCAACAACUACACAGAAGAAGAAACCAAAGAAGAAGACCAAAGCAAGAAGAAGGAGAAGCUAUGAGCUGCUGUUGCGGAGAUGAUUGCGAAUGCAGGCCUUUGGGGUUUUUAAUUGGCCUGCCCUUUGCCUUCAUCUCUCUUCUCCUCUCCGUUGUGGGUGUGUUCAUCUGGAUUGUCGGGUUGGCGUUGACUUGCAUCUGUCCAUGCUGCUUGUGCGUGACGAUCGUAGUUGAGCUUGCACUGGGAUUGAUCAAGGCUCCCUUUUCGGUCAUGAAGUGGUUCACAUCUAAGAUUCCUUGUUAGAUUUCACUAUUUGAUAGUAUUUUUUGUUCAUUGGUUGUUGACCUUCAAAAGGCAUGGGGUCCUUUUGUUCCCCAGCCCAUCCUUGUUCAUUCAUAGUUUCUUUCAAUCUUUCCUCUUUCUAUUCAUUUUUGUUGAAUAUUUAUUCAAUGAAUUUAUGGGGUAAUAUAUCAAAAUUUGUGUUCCAGUUAGAAGCUAAUAUUGGUUUACUAGAUGCAA